UGCUGUUUUGUAGUGUGGAAGCAGGAAGUGCUUGCUGGUGCCUCUACACGCAUCAAUGCUGUAUUCAUUGUUGCUUAGGGGAGUAAGAUGGAUGCUGCAAAGAGGGAUUACUGGUACUUCGUGGUACAUGUGAUUCUCCUCGCUUUCCUCCAAGGAGCCCGACUCCAGAAACUCGCAGACUCCACCGUAAUGCUGGAGGAGGGCAUGACUCUGGACUGCGUGUGUCCCUGGGAAGGAAACCUCACCAUGAUCUCCUGGACGAAGAUGCCGGAGGCCACGUCUGUUGCCGUUUACCACCCGGGCCGCGGCCAGCCCGUCUUCAAGGGCUACCAAGGAAGGGUGAAGUUCCUCCAGUCCUCUCCAAUGGAUGGAAGCAUAUCAAUGAGCAAUGUUACAGACGAGGAUAUUGGCCUUUACCGCUGCUCCAUUACUACAUUUCCGGAGGGAACGUGGAGCAAAGACGUCCACGUGAAGGAUCCAGUAAGCUUUGGCCACCAUAGAGUUGACAUCGAUGUCAGUAUUGAAAAAGGCGGCAAUUUCACGUUAAGGUGCAGCCACGAGAGCAACGGAACGGUCUACCAUGUGACCUUUGAGAAGGUGGAGGAGAACAGGGCCCAGACGGUGGCCCUGUGCCACCGUGAGGAUGGUGGCCACUUCGUGGGCGUGGAUGGCAAGGACACCGCCAAGGUCAACUGCAGCAGCCUCCUGGGCCUGAGCCUACAGCUGAUCAACGUGACUGAAGCAGACAGCGGGGUGUAUCGUUGCGUCUUCGACACCGGCGUCAUUGGGCCCACCGUUCUGCUGAAUGUUCCGGAAAAGGGAGCUCUCGGACCCACGUCGCUCGUCAUAUACAUGAGCAUCGGAGCCGGAAUAGCAGGAUUUCUCAUACUCCUGGUGGCCGUAACGUUGGUUUGGUGGCACAGGAGGAAAAAGCGUCGGGCGAAAGUCAGAGCCAAGUUGCACCCCAUCCAAAGGCGUCUUCUGAACAACUACGAGCAGGCGGACAAAACGAGGAAGAAAACCAAGCAUCUGGAAGAGAGUCCGAUCUACUGCAACAUCGUGACUCAACCGCGGCGGACGAGGAAGACGUAGCGGCGCACGAUGCCGAGCUCCUCCCGACGAGUCGUUUGACUGCGCUUGACCCCUUUGAGCCCGGACACGGGGUACGUGCGCGUACCCUACAAGACGCCGUCAAGCGUUUCAUCCUGCACGUCUGACGAGUGCCCGGACUGCCGGCUGGGGUGGAGGGUAUCUGAACGGGAAUCCUUAACCUCGCCAAGUCUUACCCUUUCAUUCCAAUCGAUCUCAUUUAAUUGUCUGCUUUAAUUGAAUGCAACACACUGCGUAGUCAUUAACAAUACAUUGUAGACUGAAAGAGGGAAGGUACAAGUGGGCUAUUGUGUGAAGGGGCCUUUGUUUUGAUACGGUACCAUGCACCGCGGUACUGCAGGGCGUGUGGGCCACUGGUGGUGUAAUAUUCUUUGACCUGUAACCAAAAAGACUCUUAGUCCAAGUCCAAGGACGGUUCCUUCCGUUGGAUCCGUGAGCAUGUAUUUCUGCUCAAUUACUCCAGUCAAAGUACAACUGUAAAAUGCUUUGGAUACAUGUGACAACUAAUAAUAGUCACAUUAAUAACAGUAAAUUAUUAGGAGGGGUGGUCAAUAAGGAAAUAUCAAGGUUUGGGUUGGGUUAAGGUCACAUGACUGAGUUGCGUGUGGUCAAAUACCAUGUUUUCAGGUCCCGAAGCGUAAGAGAUGUAGCGUAUGAUACACGGAUUUGAUGUGAUUAAUCAGUAUUAUUAAUCAUGACUAAUGUCAUUUUAAUCUGCUGGAAUAAAUCCUCAGAUUUUAGCGGAGUAAAAGUUUGAAAUAGUAUUUCCCGGGUAAGGGAAAAGAGAAACAUUUAUUUGAAUAGAAGAAAUGUUACAGUAACACCGCGCCAGGGCAAUGCCUGGAAAUCGGCCCUUUAUAAAUAGGCCGUGCGCAUCAUGCAACUGAGAAUUUCGAUUUAUAAUAUUUAGAUGGGUGGUGUCUAGACCGGGGGGGGCAAAAACUCAUCGGUGAGGUCAUCAGUCGCCAAAUAUCCUUCCCGCUUGGACUAGCGCGAGUCGAGUGGAACGCGGUCGCGGUUACUGAACGCACUGUGCUGCGAUGAAAGGGGGCGCUCGUGGACCGCUCGGUACGUACAGGAGUGCGUGGAGUGUGUGGAGUGUGUGCUCACAAGCCAGCUCAGUCACAAAAAGCUUACAUGGUGUAAAUGGCAGCUAAGGGAAAUGUGAAAUGUAAAUUUGGUGACCGUAUGUUCAAUUAAUGUUUCAACUUUGACAGCUCAAGCUGAGACUUUUAUUAAAAUACACCUCA